UAAAGGCUUUGAAAAGUGUAUUAAUAUUCUUAGUAUAAAAAAAAAGAAUAUAAUUUGUUCGACUCAAUCGCAAUUCGGAUUCUCGGUCAAAAAAAAAAUCAUUAUCCUGUGAAAAAUCGAUUGAAUUUUUACCGUGCUUCACUGCGUGCUGUCAUAUGUGGAGCUUUUGUAAUAUAGUUCAAUAGUAAUCAAAACAAAAAAAAAACAUAGGCAUAUAAUUUCCGACUAAAGCAAUAUUUAAAAUAUAUAAAAAAAAACCAAAACACAAUUCUACGCAUGAACAACCAACAUGAUUGUUACAUCUGGUGUGGAUAGCACUGUUACAUUGGGUACUGUUGAGGUCACAACCUUAUUGGGUGCAUUCUUUGGUGUCUUGGUGCUACUUUUGUUGCUCUUCUUAUAUAUAAGUCGCAGAUGCUGCUUUCAUCAUCGCCAUGGCAUCAACUGCUGUGACGAGCGACACUUGGCAGCCAAAUGCGUGCAGAAGAUUACACGCAAACGUCGCUAUGAGAACACCAGCUCCGAUUCGGAGGAGGAUAUGCUGCGACGCCUGCGCUGGCAUCAGCAGAACAAUAAUAUAUUGCCGAAUGGCAAAUUUGUAGGCUAUGGCAUGGGCAUCGAUCAACGGAAUCCGUUGACUGGCCACAGUUUCAAUUAUCAUCAGGCUGACCUGCAGAGGGUGACAGUGACACGUGACCCUUUGGCCAUUGCUGAACGGGGCAAGGUCGGCAUACCGUCAUCCCAUAGCGAGUGCAGCUCCAAUGAUUCCAUCGAGGCAUCUGUCGACAGUCAAACGGGCAUUUUGACAGCCGACAGCAGAGCUGUGCCGGCUGUGUCAGCGCUGAGACACUCCUAUGCCAAGUCACAAAAAUAUCAACAUAAAGUCGACGUGCUGCCACAAAAGAUCGAAAAGGAUAGGGAUAGCGUGGUUGUGGUGCCAAUUACUACUAGUUUAAACAACAACAACAACAACAAUAGCAGCAUAACAAAUCAUAACUACAAUCAAAACAACAACAGCAACAGCAAUACCAUCAAUAGCACAGCUACGAACAGCAACAACAACAACAACGAUGAUGAACCUCUUUUUGAUACCAGCGACUUGCGUUCGAUCAAGUCGGACGAUAUGCUGGUUAGCGAUCCAAAGCUCACAGCUCCGCGUGGACCCAUUGAGCUGGAGAUGUCGCUGCUGUACGAUGCGCCAAUGAGGAAGAUGACGGUGCAUGUGAUGCAGGCGAGAAGUCUGCCACCUUUGCCCAAUGGCCAGCAGACGCACACACAGGUGCGUAUGCUGAUGCUGCCCAAUAAGAAGCAGAAGCACAAGACCAAGAUACGCAGUGGCGAGAAUCCGCAGUAUAUGGAGAGCUUUUUGCUGCACCGUGUCAAUCCAGAGGACGUCAACAACAUGGGUCUGCGUGUGCGUCUGUAUGGAUGUGAGCGGUUGCGCAAGGAGCGGCUCAUUGGCGAGGCCUAUGUGAGCUUUGCCACCGUGGACUUGGAGUUGGAGACAAAUCUGUGGCUGCCGCUGGAGCCACGAGUCACAACGUCACUGUUGGGCUCGACCAGCGAUCUGCUGAGUCUAGCCCGAUCGGACAGUGCCGGCUCCACAUCCUCCAUGCAACAUGGCGGUGUCUCGGAGCUGCUGUUGGGUCUGAGCUACAACGGAGUGACAGGUCGCCUCAGUGUCGAGAUCAUCAAGGGCAGUCAGUUUCGCAGUCUGACGCUGAACAAGGCGCCGGAUACGUAUGUGAAGCUGUGCAUGGUCAGCAGCAUUGGCCAGGAGAUCUCGAGAGCCAAGACGUCCAUAAGACGUGGACCCAAUCCGCUAUUCAAGGAGACCUUUGCGUUCCAGGUGGCGUUGUUUCAGCUGAACGAUGUGACGCUGAUGAUCUCGGUGUAUGCCAAGAGGCAUAUGAAGAAGAAUGAGAUGGUCGGUUGGUUUAGCCUCGGACUAAACUCAUCCGGACCGGAGGAGUGUGCGCAUUGGGCCGAUGUUUGUGAAAUGCCAAAAGGUGAGAUAUUGGCGCGUUGGCAUGUGCUGGUGGAUUCCUGAUUCGAGCAGUUGGGCCAGUCCACGGGACGCAGCACCAGAGCGCUCAAGAAAUUGAGCUUUGCUGCGUUCAAGGACCGGUCCAAGGAUAAAGCGCGUAAGGAGUCAGACGAGGCUCAAUUCCCUGCAGACAAUGCGGUUGCAGUCGACAUUGAGCCCGGCCUGGAGCUGGAUUUUGUGUAGAAAGGUUCGAAGGUUACCUUCGACUUAAAAAAAGGAGCUUUUUUUUGGAAAGAUGUGGAGAACCCAUUGGUAUCGAUCGAAAAAAAAUAACUUUGUGCUCCCCCAAGGACUACAUAUUGUAAUUUUUGAAAGAUCUGGCUAGACCAGAUAAAGGCCCACGGGUGGGCAACAAAAGAGUAUUUGUAAAAAAAAAACAAAUCAAAUUUGGCAAGCACACAUUUUUAUUAUAAAGUGUGAGAAAAAAAAAAAACAAUUAAUUAGAAUAUUAAAAUUUUUGUACGCAGCUGCAUAAGCAUAACUUGUUACUAUAACGAAAAAAAGGGGAAAA